AUGAUGCCUUCUUCAUCAAACAAAUGUGCAUCACAGCUGUAUUCUGCUUUAAAAUUGCCUUCCUAUAACAAAGCCACGGCUCUGACCAGUGCCAAGGCCACGGCCACGGCCACAGCCACGGCCACGGCCACGCCGCCUGCCUCAGCCCCGACUCCCCCCACCACGGGGGCGGCCCCUCGGAGGCCGCUGACCCUGGCUGAGGUGGAGCCCGGCAGCGAGAACGAGAGGUUGGGGGUGGCCCGGGACAGCAUGUUGUGCAACCCCCGCAUCCUCAAGGCAGAACUGGGGAAGCCCCAGAGAAACUGCUACACCCUGCCAGGCACUGAUUUUGCAUAUGGGUUGUACACCAAGAGGACAGAUGGAGGAGUCCCUGAAGCAAUAGGCCACUGGAACACUGUAAAGCCCAGCACUCAUUCAGUUCGAGAGAUGCCCCGAGACUACAUUGCCAUGAACCGUGGUGCUCUGAAGGCUGGUUAUACCACAGCCCGUGAAUAUAAUUUGUACUACAAGGCAAAGGACAUUCGGUGCAAGGAUGAUGAACACAGUCGCUUCAUGAAGUGUCCUCCUCAAUUACCUGCAGACAUGACUUACGGCAUCAAAACACAGUCUUGCACUCCCUUUUUUGACCUCCUCCACCACAGAUACCAGGAGCUGUGGAUGGAGCAGCAGAGAGCCCUGACAACAGCCAAGCGAAUGGAAAAGAAAAAGAAAGAGAAAGUGCGUGAAACUCGCACCACAUUCCUGCGGAAAAACCCAAUACCUCCAAAGGAGGAGUCCUUCUGGCACCUGCCCAGCUUGGAGAAGGUCAAGCCUCAUCUCAGUACUCUUCCAGACCGUGAGGCUCGUCAAAAGGCAUUCAGUGCCACCCACUGAGGAGUGUCUGUGGGACAUGGGCUGCAAAAGAACCAC